AUGUCCUUAAAUUUCGAUAAAGAGCAACAAAUAAACGAUAACAAUGAAAAUAAUUUAAAUCAAAGUUGUCGCGAAUCAGAUAUUAAUAAAGUAUUUUCAAAUUUAUUAAAUCCAUUUAAUACUAUUGGUGGAAGAAGAUUCUUAAAUGAAUCGAAACAAGCCUUACCAUCAGAUACAAAAGAGUUUGAGCGACGUGUAAGUGCUCACUUAAUAUUUCAUUAUUUAUGGCGAAGUAAUUUUUCAGCCCCAGUAGAAGAAAUAUUAAUGAAUGAUAAAGCUAAAGUUCUCUAUAUUGGACGUUGUGGUUAUUGGACUCUAGAAAUGGCAAGCGAUUUUCCAAAGUCAAUAAUUGUCGGCAUAAGCGAUCCAUCAUGCAACCUUCCUUCAACAUAUAAACAACCUUCAAAUGUGGGAUUUAUAGAAUUUAACUUGUUAAGUGGAAUUCCAUUUCCGGAUGAGACAUUUGAUUAUGUUCAUUUAUCAACGAUGUGGGCAUCACUUACUAAACAACAAUAUUUAAGUGUUAUUCACGAAACAGUACGCGUGACAAAACAUGGUGGAUGGAUUGAGAUUGAAGAGCCUGAUUUAGAAUACAUAAAUUUAGGACAUUCUAUGAAAUUAGUUCAAGAUGCUGUGCACGCAAAAUUAAAAGAAGAUGGGUUUGAUCCCAAAAUAAUUUCAACGAUACCUGAAUGUUUUGAAUCAAUUAACGAGGUUGGUAAUGUUGGACAUAGUCAAGUAAAUUCUCCAAUCGGCAAUUGGUCAGGAAGUUUUGGUGAACUCUUAUUGGAACAAGUAAAACAGUUUUAUAGCGCUUUGACUUACAUGCCAAAUUAUAUGAACAUAUCUCAAAAAGAGUAUCAACAAUUAUUCGCCGAUUUUGAUAAAGAAUGCAUCCAAAAUAAAACAUAUGGAAAAUUAUAUAGAUAUUUUAUUUAUCAAAAGAUGGAAACUGCCGG